AUGUCAAAACACAACAUUAGCCGGGCAAUUGCCAUAGUGCUGGCAUUGAUUUUCUUCAUCAUCACUAUGGUGUUCAGUGCUCUGGCGGGGACGGGAAUAUAUCCAUUUUUGGAGAGCACCGGUAAUAUUUCAGAUGAGUUUGUAACCCAGAUCACACCAGCAGGAUGGACCUUUACCAUCUGGUCCAUCAUUUACAUCUUUCUGGCUUUAGUGAUGGUGUACGCCCUCUCCGGCCUCUUUAGAAAGAAUGCAUACGGUUAUGUCUACUGCAGCCCGGCUAUUUUGCCAUAUGGAUUUUUUGUGUUUUGGUGCUUGAAUCUGGCCCUCAAUACUUCAUGGUUGUUCCUGUGGGACAGAAAGUCGAUGGCUGGUGCACUGGUUUUCCUCAUCCUAAUCACCUUGACUAACUACGUCAUGAUAUUCUUCUCCUGCCAUGGUCUCCACAACUAUGGAGCCUGGCUCAACAAGUACCACAAAGUAGACCUGUGGCUUCACCGUGUGUUGGUUCAGAAUGGUAUUGCCAUAUAUGCAACAUGGACCACCAUUGCAUCGCUAGUCAACCUUGCCAUCGUGCUGAAUCAUGAUGCAAACGUGUCCCAGGCCGACGCCGCCACCGUCUCACUCUCGGUUUUGACUGUAUUGGUGUUUGUGUGGUUUUUCCUAGAAAACUCUAUCCUCGACAAACAUGUGAGGUACAUUCUGACCAUCUACCCCGCUUUGAUCUGGGCAGUGACAGGGGUGUUCACGGAAAACAACAACGCUGCAGAUCCCAGUCGCAAUAACAUCUUCACUACUGCACUCUUGGCCAUAGCCUGUAUCAUGUGUGCUGCAAGGAUAUUUUUGGUCACCUGGAGCCACAUCAAAAAGCCAUUUUACAAAGAUUUUAGCACAGAGAGCAUGGCUCCGAUGGAGAUCGCAGAGAAGCAGAAAACAAUAUUUAAGUAA